AGAAAAUGCUCGCCAGACCUUCAGAAAAAGUGACGUCGAUCCGUGUAUUAUUUUGAAAGUCCUGACCGGAGCAGCCAUGUUCCUGUUGCAGCUGCUUUGACGGACCGUCCGGUAUGAGUUGUUUGUUUGUAGAGUAUUCGGUGAGGUUAACGUGCAGCAGUGGUUAUGUCGGUGAAAGGAACGUUGUUCCAACACCAGAUUCCUGAAGAAGUCACGGAACAGAGCGGUUCUGAACGAGGACAGCCAAGAACUGGAACCGUUUAAAGUCACGACGGAACAAAAAGGACAGAACAGAGCCGCGCAGUGGAUCCUGGAGCUUUACUGUCCAGCGCUGCUUUCUCCCGCUGAGUUCCACUGAAUGCUUGCUUGUCGCUUCCAGACUGAGUUCAGCGUCUUUAUGGACAAGAGAAGCCAGAUGUGUCCUCUGGUGUUUCAUGGAUUCCCUCUGCUGGUGUGAUGAUGGGACGGCGUGGUGUUGGAAGUGACUGCAGCCCUGGAGGCUGACCAGCUUGUGCCAUUGGCCAGUCAGGAUGCACAUAGCUCCAGUGGGUGUCAGCAAGUUCUGCUUCCUUUUCUCCCUGGCAUUCUGCGGUCUCAUCCUUCUGCUUAUUCCGGCAUUCCAGCCACCAACGGGCCAGGUGACCCUGCCUCAGCCCCGACCCCAGGUUAGACCUGCCCAGGCGAGCCCAUCGCACCGUGCUGGGGUUCUAGCAGGUUCUACCUAUGCGGGAAAUGCAGACUUGGACACAAGACUCAAUAGAAGCUCAUGGCAGGGGAGACCUAUCUCGACUGGACUUAACAGGAAUUACAAUCACAGUCCCAAGAAGUGGGUGGACUCUAGAAGACUCCCCGAAAAACAUGCUCUCAAUGUGGGAAAAGUUGGUAGACUUUCAGGGUCGGACAAGUUGGAGCUGAAGGACAUUUUUUUUGCAGUGAAGACUACCAGGAAGUACCACAAGUCCAGAUUAGAGCUGCUGAUUCAAACGUGGGUGUCACAAGCUAAAGAACAGACGUAUAUAUUCACUGAUGGUGAGGACAAGGAGUUGCAGAUGAGGACAGGAGCCAACAUCAUCAACACAAACUGCUCAGCGGCUCACACCCGACAGGCUCUGUGCUGCAAAAUGUCUGUGGAGUACGACAAAUUCAUCGAGUCCCAGAAGAAGUGGUUCUGCCAUGUGGAUGAUGACAACUAUGUGGUCCUGGCCAGCAUGGUGCGCUUGCUCUCCUCCUACCACCACAGCCAGGACGUCUACCUGGGCCGGCCCAGUCUGGAUCACCCUAUUGAGGCUGCAGAGAGGGUCAAGAGUGACGGAUCGGUGUCUGUCAAGUUCUGGUUUGCCACCGGUGGAGCAGGUUUCUGUAUCAGUCGAGGUCUGGCCCUGAAAAUGAGCCCGUGGGCCAGUUUGGGGAAUUUCAUCAGCACAGCAGAGAAGAUCCGCCUCCCAGACGACUGCACCGUGGGCUACAUCAUUGAGGCGCUGCUGGAGGUCACUUUAACACACACACACCUUUUCCACUCUCACCUGGAGAACCUGCAGAAGCUGCCCACUGAGACUCUGUUGGAGCAGGUGACGCUCAGCUACGGAGGUUUUGAGAACAGAAGGAAUGUAGUGAACAUUGUUGGAGGCUUUUCACUGGCUGAGGACCCCACAAGGUUUAAGACACUGCACUGUCUUCUGUAUCCAGAUACGAAGUGGUGUCCAAAGCUCAAACCUCAGCACAAAAACUGAAUGCCGCUGUGAUUAUAUUCUGCAGCACUGAUGCCUGCCACAUCAUUUGUCCCACCGCCUCACUCUGCCACGGUUAGGCUUGGCUGGAAAUCCUUCAGAAAUCAUGGGGUACACAAAACUAGCUUCUUUAGUACCUCAGAACUCUUUAAUGUGUGGCAUUAAUCCAGCCUAUUAGGUGAAACCUUAAUGUCUCUAGUGUUAAGGUCUAAUAAGGAGUUUAACUGCAGUUUUUGACUCUUCAGCACUGGCCUCAUUUUUGAGCCUCAGAGGAUGCUGUUUGUGCUAUCCAGAACACUUUGUUAGAAAGCAGCCCUGCAUCCUAAUGCCUGAAUGGAUCUACAAUCUAAAAUGAAAUGGAUGGAAGUUGCAGAAUGUACUCUCCACAGAGCUUAACCUCCAAAUUCCAGUCGAGUGAAUCAGUGUUGCGGCAACCGAAUCUGAAGCUGCCUUUCUUAUCUCAAAGCGCCCUUGGCUCACUUAACUCCUUGCCUUUUCUUAAGGAAAUAGAAAAGGUUACUGUGAUCUUGUUGUUUUUAUUUUUUGGGCUCCAUCUGCUGCGGUUUUACUGAACCCAUCCACCGGUUUAGUUAAACCAAAGGCUGCUCUGAGUCUCUGACCAAAGCUGUAGAAGUACAAAUCAGUCAGGAUAGGCUAAAACUAUCCUGUGGCUAUGAACGACUAAAACAAGUUGUUGCAUUUAGAUCUCCGUUGACAUUCAUGUUUGCCGUUUGAAACAUGAUGUUCUUCGACUCAACCAAUGAGAUGUCAGUAAAAAAAACUAAUAGUCUGAGAGUGUUGAAAUGAUUCAGGCAAACACUACAUUAUUUGAAGGACCUCACAGUAUUAUUUCUAUCAGCAGCAUUCUCUGUUUAUGAGGCUGUGAAGGUUUUUGUGUUUGAGGGCCUUAUAGUUUGUCCCCAACAAACCCCCGAUUCUGUUUUCAUCUUUCUUUUAUGCUGUUGAUCUAAAAUUCAGCUGAAAAUUGAGAUAUGAAUGGAAAAUGGGUUGUUAUACUUUGAAUGAGUCUGAACAAUGUUGAGGUUGUUUCAACAAGAGCUGAACUGAUUGAAUAGGAGCAGAAAUGAAAUGAGCUGGACACCUCUGUGCAUGGGCUCACUUUCACUGCAGUCUGUUGUAACCAAACACGUUCUCCUUGUAAUCGUUCAUCUCUAACAGGUCCAGGUUUUGCACUAAUUUGAUUCUGUCGCGUCCUAUAGGUUACAGACUGAAGCUGUACGUUACAGUGUUGGUGUAAAGAUAAAUGAACUCUUUUUUUAUAUAUAUUGUUUUUACUUUGUGUAUUCUUUCUUUGCAUAGGUUGUAGUUUCAGCUCUGCUUGUACUUCUUUCAGGCACAGCUACUUUAGUGGGUGGAGCCAAAGAUAUCUUAUGAAUGCCAUGAAAUGUGGUACAAAAUGCAUGCACGAGUUUUGUUCUCAUCUCAAGUGCUGCCAGCGUCUCACUUUCCAUUUAGAGCACAUCAUUAGUUUGAUUGAACUUGAGGACAAAUUUUACAUUUGUAGCUCUGCUGACGGCAAAUUAAUGCUCUCUUGUUGGUCCUUUCAGCACAUUUAUGCUGUUGGAUCUCUCUGAGCCAACCACUCUUUGACCACAUUAGUGAGGCUCUAGGAAUGUGAACAGAUCCAUAAUAAUUCAAUGGAUGUCAUUUUGUACCAACAUUUACAAUUGAAAUUGCUCAAAAUCCUCUAGAUGCAUUGCCAGGAGGAAUUCUAACAUCCUUAACGACCCUUUGACUUUUCAUCUAGCACCAUCAUCAGGUCAGAAAUAGAAUGUGUUCCGAAUACCUGGAGAACUUCAGCUGAUGUUUAGUACUAAUCAGCACAUUGUUAAAGCGCCGCUGGGCCAGUAUCAGCCUCAAAGCAGAUGCUUUCUUCAUGAAGAAAUGUGUUUCUAGCCACAGUCAUGCUGUAGUUCCUUAAGCAUGCUUGUUUGGCUGCUCUAAAUUAUAUCAGCUCAUGAUACAGUGGGAAAUGAAGCAUCCCUAGCCCUGAAACUAAAUUGUCUUAAUCUCAGGAGCGCGGUUCUUUCUUCAAACGGGAGAAUGAUCGACGGCUCCUUGCUCUCCACCCACUGAGCUCAUUCAAACUAGCAUCAGUAUUUCUGCUUAUCAAAGAAUGCGUGUAAAGCACCAGUCUACCUUUUUGCACAACAGACAAGAAUCCAAAACCCACUGCGGGUCAGAGGGCGAAACGGAGUGAUGUGUGUUUUUGUAAACCCUGUCACUGAUGUAUUGUUGCAUUGUUUCAUUAUGAAUAAAACCUUUCUGCAUUCUCAA